AUGGCUCAAUCCACCAAAUGUUAUCUUCCUCGGUUCGCUUCGACGGUUGACGGGCCUAAACGCCCAGUCUCGAUGAAGACGAGACCAACGGCCGCUCAACAUGCGCAGUUAUUAACCGCAUGGAAUGAAGGCCGUCUGGAUCCAAUCCUACGAGCUACCUGGGCUCUCUUGUUGCAUUACUACAUCCGCUCCGAGGAUAUAUGCUUCGGUUACCAACAUCUCGAGGGCGACUCCCGCUCUCCCAAAUCAUCUGUACAGCGUUCUACGGGCGUCAACAUAUCAACGAUCCGCAUAUCCAUCAACGACAAUGACUCUCUCACAGCUAUUGUAGAUAAGAUGCGCGCAAAUGGUGCAACUCGACCUGGAACCUCGGAGGCCCCUUCCGAGGCAUAUCUUCCUUUCAACACCAUCUUCAUGCUGCGCACAUACGACCCUCCUGCUUCUCCUUCAAAACCUAUUCUGGCCACAGCUCUUCCAGACGAGUGUCAAAUCCGUCUUCAUGUCAAGGUGAUGCGUGGAGACAUAAGCAUCUACCUUGAAUGGCGCAAGGGCGACAUGUCCGGGGAACAGAUGAAGAGUAUCGCCAACAUUUUCGAGCAGUUGCUUGCCAAACUCCUUUCCGCAGAGAACACCGCUAUUAGCCAGCUUAAUUUGUUCUCCGAGAACGACUGGCAACGCAUCCGCAAGUGGAACUCCACUACCCCACAGCUUCAUGAUCGCUGCAUUCACGAGGCCAUCCACGAUCAGAUGUUGAGCGGACCUGAUCGUGAGGCUGUGUGUGCGUGGGAUGGAAGUUUGACUUUCGCCGAGUUGGAUCACCAAGCGUCGAAGCUUGCAUGCUAUCUUCGCCUGCAGGGAGUCGGGCCGGAAGUUCGCGUGGCUCUGUGUUUCGAGAAAUCGAAAUGGAACAUCGUCGCAAUGCUUGGCGUGAUGAAGGCGGGCGGAGCCUUCGUUCCAUUGGACCCGACUCACCCAACUUCCCGACUACAAGCUCUCAUCCAAUCGGUUCAGGCUCCGGUUGUGUUGUGCUCCAAACAUCUUUCCGACAAAAUACCGACUGUGAAGACUUUAAUACCCCUUUGUGAUGACAUACUAGAUCCUUUGUCUGACGACAAUCUUGCAUCGGGCGUCACAAGUCAAAAUGCAGCUUAUGUUCUGUUUACCUCUGGAUCAACAGGAGAACCUAAGGGAACUCUGUUGGAGCACCGCGCGUUCCUGUCCGGGGCAAUGGUACAUGGCCCCGGUCUGCGCAUUUACCGCGAGUCGCGAUGUCUUCAAUUUGCCGCCCACACAUUCGAUGCCAGUUUGGCCGAGUCAUUGACACCACUCAUUCAUGGUGCAUGUGUGUGUAUUCCAAGCGAGGAAGCUCGCCUCAACGAUAUUGUGAACACCAUCAACGAGAUGCGAGUCACCCAAGCCUGCUUCACCCCAUCAUUCAUCGGCUUUAUUGAAAUCGACAGCGUGCCAGGGCUGGAGAGUUUAGUCCUGGCGGGGGAGGCAAUGUCGCAAUCGCAGCUGGCCACUUGGUCCAGAAUCAAACUGGUCAAUGGUUACGGACCUACCGAGGCCAGUGUCGCAUCCGUGCUCAACUCCAAUGUCACACCUGAAACCGAUUGUAAAGAUAUCGGGCUGCCCAUUGGUGUGAGAACUUGGCUUGUGAACCCUGAUAACCACGAUCAACUGGUUCCCGUGGGCUGCCCCGGAGAAUUACUGUUGGAAGGUCCACCCCUGGCCCGGUGCUACGUGAAUAAUCCACAAAAGACAAACGAAUCGUUUAUCUACGACCCUGCUUGGACUACCUUGGACCCUGAAAGUCGCUCCAACCGUAGAUUCUACAAGACAGGUGAUCUCGUCAGGUACAACUCUGACACGGGUGCUUUGAAUUACAUCGGUCGGAAAGAUACGCAGGUGAAGGUUCAUGGACAACGAAUCGAGCUCGGCGAAAUUGAGAAUCAGCUCAGCAAAGAUUUGAACGUCACUCACUGUUCUGUCUUUUUCCCCAAGACUGGCUUCUCCAAGGGGCGCCUAGCGGCAGUUGUCUCUUCCAACGGAUUGCUUGCAGAACAAUCUGAUUCAGACUUCGAGCCUCUACGACUCGUCUCCGCUUCGAAAAAGGCCGACCUUGUCCCAGGCAUCCGAGAGCGGCUAUCAGCCCUCCUCCCUACUUAUAUGGUCCCUGCGGUUUGGUUGUGUGUGGAAGCUCUUCCACUUCUGCCAUCAGGGAAACUAGACCGCAAGGGCAUUUCCACUUGGGUCGCAGGUAUGGAGAGUGAUCCAGAUCUUCAGAACAAUGCCUCUGUCGCAAUCGUCGGCACAGAAUUUUCUCAACCCGCCAACGACAGAGAGGAAGCUUUAGCUGCUGUAUAUAGCCGUGUCCUGAACAUCCCCCCGAACCAGCUCAAUUUGAACGAGAGCUUCCUCGCCCUCGGCGGUGAUUCGAUUGCAGCUAUGACAUGUAUUGGUCUUUGCAAGAAACGAGGGUUCUCCCUCUCCGUACAAGAGCUGCUUCGCAGCAAAUCAAUCCGCGACCUCGCAACCCGCGCAAAGACAAUCGACCACCUUACGACUUAUGAAGAAGCUAUUGGUGAACCAUUUAGCCUCUCACCCAUCCAGAUCCUUCACUUCGGUGUCCGCAAGGAAGGCCAAGGCCACUUCAACCAGGGAAUACUCACUCGCUUGAACAAACCUGUCCACGAACGAGCCCUCCGUAAAGCUGUCGAAACUUUGGUAUCUCGGCACUCCAUGCUUCGUGCACGAUUCACAGACACAGGAUUCGCGACCGCAUCGAGUCAACACAUCACCCGCGAUAUCGAAGGAUCUUACAGAUGGCGGAUACACAAUCUUGGCAGCAUGGACGAGGUCAAGAUUCAUGUCGCCGACAGCCAGUCUUCUAUCAACUGCUUCUCUGGCCCCUUGCUUGCAGUCGAUUAUUUCUUGAUCAAGGGCCAGCCUAACAUCCUGUCUAUGACAGCUCACCACUUGGUUGUCGAUAUUGUCUCUUGGAGAAUUAUCUUGGAAGAUUUAGAAGACAUCAUCUUGAAUCCCGAGAAGACCGAAACGAGUGAUAACUCCUUGCCGUUCCAGACCUGGUGCCGCCUGCAGAAUGAGCACUGCAACGUCCUCCGGGAUGAGCAAAAGGUUGCAACAGAUGCUCUCGCUGCACCUAACUUUGGUUACUGGGGGCUCCAGGGCACCCAAACCACGUAUGGCGAUGUGGAUUGUGCCUCGUUUGAGAUCGAUUCAGCGCACACAAAUGCCAUUCUACUGGAAUGUCACAAAGCCCUUGGCACUGAGCCAAUUGACCUUUUCCUGGCAGCAAUGCUUCACUCAUUCGGCAGAGCUUUCCCCGAUCGUUCUCUUCCAACUAUCUACAAUGAAGGCCACGGACGAGAGGCCUGGGACCCGUCUAUCGAUAUCUCGCAUACUGUCGGCUGGUUCACAAUUCUUCACCCCAUCUUCGUGUCUGCAUACAAGUCAGACAACCCUAUUGAUACUCUCAUCCAGGUGAAGGACCUCCGCCGUCGUGUCUCGGACAAUGGUCGCGCAGAUUUCGCCAGUCGCGUUCUACCAGCGCAGGGCAAGGAAGUCUCCGAGCAUCCCCAUCCCUUUGAGAUGUCGUUCAACUACGUUGGUCAGCACCGAGAUCUGCAGAGGAAGGAUGGCCUUUUCCAGCUUGUUGAUCAGAUGGCUGGAGAAGCUGGCCAAGGAGGCGGUGCCGCUGACUUUGGAGCCGAUACUCCCCGCUUUGGUCUGUUCGAGAUCUCUGCGAUGGUCGUCGCUGGGAAGGUCCGAUUCAACUUCUCCUUUAACAAGUUUAUGCAGCACCAGAAUCGUAUUCACCGAUGGGUUUCCGAAUGCCAGGAGCUGCUUGUAACUCUGGCUGAGCAGCUUCCCACCAUAAAUCCCCGUUUGACCCUCAGCUCGUUCCCUAUGCUGUCGUUGACAUACCCUACCUUGGAUAAGAUGAUCAAUGAGAAGCUGCCUGCUAUGGGUAUUGAGUCCCCAGGCCUCGUCGAGGAUAUCUACCCUUGCUCUCGCAUGCAGCAGGGUAUCCUUCUUGGCCGCAAGCGAGAUAGCUCCUACUACGCUGUCCAUGACACUUUCGAGAUCCAGGCCACUGGAUCUAGCGAGCCGAACCUCGAUCGCCUGGUCAAUGCAUGGAAGCAGGUCGUUUCUCAUCAUGCGAUGUUCCGGACAAUCUUCGUUGAGAAUCUCACUCCUCGGGAACCCUUCUGCCAGGUCGUACUGAAGAGUUAUGAUGCCACUCCUGUCUUCUUGCAGUCUUCAGGGGACGAUGAUGUGCUUGCCACGUUUGACAGGGAAGACCCCAAAGAUUACAGUGAGCCAGAACCAGCGUAUCGGUUCACUAUUUGCCAAACACCUACUGGCAGAUUGUUUGCCCGCAUUGAGCUCAGUCAUGCUGCCAUGGACGGUAACUCCAUCUCAAUCAUCUUCCGUGACUUGCAGCUCGCAUACGCUGGGAGACUCGAGGAAAUCCCCCAGCCUUUGUUCAAGGAUUAUAUGGAGUACCUUCAAGAUGCGCCUAAGGAAGCCAGCAUCGACUACUGGCGCUCCUACUUGGAUCAAGCUAAGCCGUGCCACUUCCCCGCCCUUACCAACGGCCAACAAUCACCCAAGGCACUUCGGUCCAUUCCGGUCAACUUUGGAGCACUCAACGAACUUCAAAGCGUCUGUGAGAAGCGCGGAAUCACCCUCGCAAAUGUUUUCAAUGCGGCGUGGGGUCUUACUCUCCGCGCCUUCUGUGGAUCUGGCGAUGUUUCCUUCAGCUACAUGGCAUCCCUACGUGACGUAUCUGCUGCCGGCGUCCAGUGGGUUAUUGGACCAGUCAUCAACCUUCUAGUCUGUCGCCUGAAGGUUUCUGAUGACGCGACGCUCAGUGAUGUGUUGCAUCAAAUCCAGAACGACCACAUGGAGAGUCUUCCUUACCGUCACACUUCGCUCAUUGACAUUCAGCACGCUCUGAAGCUGUCUGACACUAAUCUGUUCAAUUCUGGUGUCUCCUACCGUCGACUUCCCAGUUCUAAGGAUGCCGUGAGCAGUGAUAUCAAAUGCGUCGAGGUUGGCUCAAUCCACGAUCCCGCUGAGUUCCCGGUCUUCAUCAAUAUUGAGGCCAUGGACACCACCGCUCGCAUUGACCUCAACUACUGGACCACCAGCCUCUCUGAUUUACAGGCCACCAAUGUUGCCAACACCUAUCUUCGUUGCCUUGAGAACAUUAUGUCGAAUAUCGACGGUGAAAUCCGCCAGCUGGACAAUGUGAGCGAUGACAACCGAGCACAGAUCAUGGCGUGGAAUAGCAAGACUCCCAAGCCGUUUGAGAAGUGCGCCCAUCACGUCGUCCAAGAGAUGGCCAAGAAGCGCCCUGAUGCGCUGGCUGUCACUGCUUGGGAUGGAAACUUGACUUACUCCAAGUUGGAUCAAUUCUCCUCUCGCUUGGCAAGUUAUCUUGUCACCUUCGGUGUCGGUCCUGGCACCCUGGUCCCGAUCUGCUUCGAGAAGUCUGCGUGGAACAUGGUAUCCAUAUUGGCAAUCAUGAAAGCUGGUGGUGGCUGUAUUCCAGUUGACACGCCUCAGAGCCUGACUCUUGUUGAGAAGUGGAUUGUCGACAAUGCUGUGCAAGUUGCUCUGGCUUCCCCAGAGAAGGCUCAGGUGCUCGAGGAUGUGGUACCGUACGUCAUCCCGGUGAGCGAGUCUCUACUCGAGUAUCUCGCAGACGAGGUCCUCAAACCCGUCGCACAAUCAUCCGACGUCGCAUACGUCGCGAUGACGGCCGGCACUUCUGGCCCUGCCAAGAGUGUCGUCCUUGACCAUUCAACUGUCAUGACCCGGGCGGAGGCAUUUGCUACCACCAUGGCGAUUGCCGAUGUCUCCAGGACCCUGCAGUUCGCACCUCACACAUCCGAUGCAUUUAUCCUUGAGGCAUUCGGCACCUUCAUGUGGGGCGGUUGUGUUUGCAUCCCGGCUGAUAUUGACCCCAUCAACUUGUCCACAUCUAUCAAUGCACUCCACGUUAAUGUUGCUAGCAUUACCCCAACAGCUGCAAGCUUCUUCUCGCCCAAGGAUGUCCCGGGACUGCGAUCCAUUGCCCUAGGCGGCGAAGUUGUUUCUCAGAGCGUGCUUGACCACUGGCAGACCGACGAUCUACAACUGCAGGUUUUGUAUGGAACAUCUGAGAGCUCGGCUGCUUGCUUCCACGUGUUCUGUUCUCAGGACGAAAACGAAGCAACCCUCAUCGGAAAGAGCACUUCUUGUGUUUACUGGGUUGUUGACCCAUCCAACCAUAAUCGUCUUGUUCCGAUCGGUAGUGUUGGAGAAUUGGCACUUGAGGGCCCUGUUCUCGCUUGCGGCUACCUCGAAGACCACUCUGUCGAGAACUGCGACUUCUUUGAUAAUGCUUCUUGGUUUGGAGUAGAGGGUGAACACCGCCUGUUCAAGACGGGAGAUCUUGUUCGGUACAAUUCAGAUGGCUCCCUGGAUUUCGUCGGCCGGAAGAGCGAUAGGAAUGAAUCCGCCUUGGCUAGCGAGCUUAUCCAGACCCAGGCGCGCAUCGAUGCCUUCCUUGACCACAAGAAAAACGCCGUUGUGCAGAGCGUCCAGGUGCAAUGUGAUAAUAUAAAGACUAAUGCUCUUGUUGCUUUCGUGGUUUCUUCGGACACCACUCCGGUCACUUUUGGGGAUCGCGUCUUCCAGUCCGCGACACAUAACCUGAAAGACGCCAUCUCUAGCUUGCACACCAAUCUGAGUACCAGUCUUCCUGGUAGCAAGGUUCCGAGUUACUAUAUUCCCAUUUCCUCCCUCCCCUUGACCGUAUCUGGAAAGGUUAACCGACAGGCCCUUACAAUCGAAACACAAGCGCUCUCCAGCAGUGCUCUCGAGGCUUUCGACAUUAAGCGUUGGAACGGAUCGAAGGCUGGGAACCGGACUUCACGGCAUGCCAGUCUCUCCGGGGCCAAUAUCGCUUUCUGGAAAGAGUAUCUCGCCGAUGUUGAACCCUGCGUUUUCCCGGCGCUCUCCCACGAGGCAGUCGACAGUGGCCGUUCCACUCGCACGCUUACCAAACAGACAUCCAACAUUCAUGCCUUCAGCAGAUUGUCUGGCGUCCCUACGGAGACUCUCUUCCAGUUUGCCUGGGCCGUUGUCCUUCGGUGGUACACUGGCUCAGACGAUGUGUGCUUUGGAUAUUCCGCCUCAUCUUCAGAGACAAAGUUGGAGGCCGAAGGCGUUGCCACCUGCCGUUUUCUCGUAAAUAACGACCAAAAUCUCCAAGAGACUAUCCAAAAGGCAAUGAAAGACUCAGAGAACAGUGCACUGAACAUCGCUGCCCUGGACGCCGUCAAGCACCACCUUGGACUUGAUGAUACAACCCUCUUCAACACCUCUCUGGUUUAUCGAACAGCUUCUAAUCUUCCAAAAGGAAGUACCCGUGAGCCAACUAUCUCUAGUGCUUACCAGAUCCUGGUUGAAGCCGAAGUCUCGCAUUCACAUGCCGAGAUCCAUUUCAACUACUCCUCAGAAACCCUCUCCCCCUUCCAGGUCAGCCAUGUUAUGGACAUGUUUGACCAAGUGUUGGACGAUCUGAUAGCGCACAACCUACAUGACCGCACGGUUGGAGACCUCAACUUGCUACCUGAGCGCUCAGUUCGGCAGAUCCGUCAUUGGAACGCCGCAUCCCCUCCUAGAGUAGAGAAGUGCGCCGACGAGCUCAUUCAGCAGCAGGCCCUGCUCCACCCUCGUGCGGAAGCCAUAUGUUCUUGGGACAAGAAUUUCACUUAUGGACAGCUUGAGAUUGUCUCUAGUCGCUUGGCUCGCCAUCUCUCCAGUAUUGGAAUCAAGCCCGAAGUCUUUGUUGUGCUGUGCUUCGAGAAGUCAGCUUGGGCUGUAGUUGCCCAGCUGGCUGUCCUCAAGGCGGGUGGGGUUUUCGUUUCCAUUGACCCAACCCACCCCGAUUCUCGACUGAAGAUGCUCAUCGAUGAAAUUGGCAGUAAACUUGUUUUGUGCUCAUCUUCACUCCACACCAAACUUUCGAAGCUGUGCGAGAAAGCUUUCGCUGUAUGCCAGACUUCAAUCUCUCAGCUCUCUGACUCGCCUUUGGCUUUGCCUGGUGUUCGUCCUACCCCGAACAAUGCGGCAUAUGCCAUCUUUACAUCAGGGACUACUGGAACGCCGAAGGCGACCGUUGUUGAGCACACUGCCCUUAGCACCACCGCGAUCGCCAUGAUCGAUGCCCUUCACAUGAACUCCUCAACCCGUGCUUUGCAGUUCUCUAACUACACGUUUGAUGUCAGCAUUCUUGAGAUUAUGAUGACUCUCAUGACUGGUGGUUGUGUCUGUAUUCCCAGCGAGGAGGAACGUAUGAACAACAUGGGUGGUGCUAUCCGCCGUAUGGAAGCCACCUUCAUGACGGCACCUCCUGCUAUUGUCAAUACCUUAGAGCCGAAGAACGUUCCCACCCUCAAGGUGAUUAUCACAGGCGGCGAGAAGAUGCCUGCCAACCACAUCGACCGCUGGGCAGACCGGUGCGUCAUCAAUGCCUAUGGUCCCUCCGAGGCCACUGUCGUUGCCACAGUCGGUGUCAAGGUUGAUCGGGAUGGUAACCGCAUCAACAAUGAUCCCACGUCCAUUGGAACAGCUCCAAACUGCAGAGUCUGGAUUGUGGAUCCGCACAACUCGCACCGUCUGCUGCCGGUCGGCGCAGUCGGCGAAUUGAUCCUAGAAGGAAGCAACAUCGCUCGUGGAUAUCUUGCCAACGAGGAGAAAACCAAGGCCUCUUUCUUCGAGAAUCCAGUUUGGAACCGUCACGCUGGACUACAGGGCGUGUUCAAACGAAAUGAUCGCAUGUACCGCACUGGUGAUCUUGUUCGUUACAACAGCGAUGGCAGUCUGGCCUUCAUCUCCCGCAAAGACACCCAGAUCAAGUUCAAUGGCCAGCGAAUUGAACUGGAGGAGAUCGAACAACAGUGUCUCCGCUGUCUGCCUGAGGAUUCUCAGGUCGCUGUUGACGUCGUUGUUCCCGAGGAACGCACCAUCGCCAAGGGCCUCGCCGCAUUCUUCACCGUUCAUGAUCCAGAUUCCAACGGGGGCAGCAGCGAUCAAUUCACACCCACUAUUCCUGGGGCCGAUCCACUGCUAUUGCCCAUCUCUGUGUCUAACAUGGAUGCCAUCCAGAAGUUAAAGAUCUCUCUACCCGAGCUCCUCCCUGCGAGCAUGAUGCCCCGACUCUUCUUCCCUAUCCGAAACCUGCCGUUCACUUCAUCGGGGAAGAUCGACCGCCGAAGACUGCGGGCCAUGGUCCAAAACUUGUCCAAGGAGACUCUCAAGUCUUACAUUACAUUCGACACUUCCGACAGAAGGGAGGCUUCCUCGGCCACUGGCCUCGAGGUCAAGCUUGUGGCCCUCGUGGAAAAGACCCUCGAACUUGAAGCCGGUUCUGUGACGGCCGAUGAUAGCUUCUUCGGUCUAGGUGGUGACUCCUUGUCCGCCAUGAACCUCGUCGGUGCUGCUCAGGCAGAAGGUAUUGCACUUACCGUCUCGAGCAUCUUCAAUUCCCCAAUCUUGAUUGACAUGGCCAAGACCUGCGUCGUGUCUGAUGCAGUUGCUGAAAUUAAGAAAGAGACUAUCAAUCCGUUCUCCUUGGUACCCUCUGGAGUCGACCUGGAGAGCCUGAUGGAUGAAGUCACGGACAACUGCGAGGUGUCCAGAGACCUGAUCAGCGAUGUCUACCCAUGCAGCGCUGUCCAGGAAGGUCUUUUGACACUCUCUAUCAAGCAUAACGGUGCUUAUGUUGCUCAGCCUUCGUUCCGCCUCGCUGAUGGCAUCGAUGUCGGUAAAUUCAAACGGGCUUGGCAACAAACUGUGGCAGACUUGGAAAUCCUUCGCACUCGCAUUGUCCACACGGAAGCUAUGAACUUCGCUCAGGUUGUUCUGAAGGAUGGCAAUAUCUCCUGGGUGGAAGCAGAGUCUUUUGAUGCUCUGCCCAGUGACAUUCUUCACCUCCCCAAGCAAAACGGCGCGCCUCUGACGGGUUACGCCAUGGUGCAUCCCCGUGGCUCCUCUGAUAGCUACUUUGUGUGGUCUGUCCAUCACGCCCUUUAUGACGGAUGGAGUAUUCCUUUGGUCUUCCACAAAGUCGAAGAGAACUACUUUGCGUCGCAGACCCAGCGCGCUGGCACCCCCUACAGUCUUUUCAUUAACUACCUGGUGAAGAAGGAUAUGGAGGAGUCGGAUGUCUUCUGGAAGUCUUAUCUGGCUGACCUGUCGACCACUCCCUUCCCUCAUAAUAAGGGUGCGGUGCCUGACGCCAUGCGUGCUGGCAACACCCAGCACCACAGUAUCAAGAUUUCCCGUACCCGCAACAGCAUCGAGUUCACAAUCCCUGUCCUUAUGCGCGCCGCUUGGGCAAUCGUCAUUGCCACCCACACUGCAUCUGGUGACGUCUGCUUCGGCGAGACAUUGUCAGGCAGAAAUAUCGAUCUACCCGGUGUUGCAGAUAUUGCUGGUCCUGUUCUGACCACCGUCCCCACCCGUGUCCAAGUUGACAAUGAGAUGUCUACUCUGCAGUACUUGCAGAACAUCAACAAGUCGACCACUGAGAUGAUACCGCACUUACAUUCUGGUCUCCAGCGUAUCCGACAGCUAAAUAAGGAUACAUCCACAGCCUGCGAUUUCAAGAACCUGCUUGUGAUCCAGCCAGGUGAUGGCGAGCUCGACAACAAGAUCUGGAUCGACGAGAAACGUCAAACAAGCGAAGACUUCUUCACUCACCCCCUGGUCGUCGAAUGUGGUGUCACCAAGACGAGUAUCUCUUUCACCGUCCACCACGAUGAGCUCGUCAUCAAUGGAUGGCAAACCAAGCGCAUUACCGAACAAUUUGCGCAUGUUCUACAGCAAUUGAUCAACAUGCCUAAGAACAGUACGAGCAAGCUCGGAGAUCUGGAGAUUAUCAGCCCCGAAGACAAGGCCGAGAUUGGUACAUGGAACCAACGUACCCCGCUCACAGUGGAACGGACCGUUCAGGAUUUCAUUCGUGAGAAGUGUGACGAGACUCCGAAUGCCCAGGCUGUGUGUGCGUGGGAUGGAAACCUCACCUACCGAGAAUUCUGGAACCUUGCAUCCGGCUUCGCCAACUACUUGGUCUCUCGUGGAGUUGGUCCAGAAGUAUUCGUUCCCGUCUGUCUGGACAAGUCGGCCUGGGCUAUGGUCACCCUCAUCAGUAUCUUAAUCGCUGGUGGUGGUUAUGUGCCUCUGGAUCCUUCUCACCCUACCUCGCGACACGAGGAAAUCCUCGCUGACGUCGGUGCCAACAUGAUACUGUGCACCCCCAACUAUACAAACCGCUACAGUCGAGUUGUCAAGACUGUGAUCCCCAUCAGCAAGGAGACCAUCAAGGCAUAUGGCUCCCUCAAGUCAGCUGCCCGUCGCCGCACUGAGGUCAAACCCUCUAAUAUGGCUUAUGCUCUAUUCACCUCCGGUAGCACAGGUCGAGCCAAGGGAAUUAUUGUUGAACACCGGAACGUGGUCAGCAGUAUCAUGGCAUUCGCGCCUUGGGUCCGCAUGGAUGCAACCUCGAGAGUAUUCCAAUUUGCCUCCCUCACUUUCGAUGCUGCUGUUAUGGAGACUCUUGCGAUUCUCAUGGUGGGCGGUACAAUCUGUGUUCCCAGCGAAGAUGACCGUCUGAAUGAUGUUGCCGGCGCAAUCCGUCGACUCAAUGUCACUUGGACUUUCCUCACCCCCUCGAUUGCAAGCAUCAUUGAGCCCACAUCGGUGCCUUCUCUGAAGCACCUCGUUUGUGGUGGUGAGAAGAUGUCCAAUGAAGUCAUCACCAAGUGGGCCAAUUCGGUUCACCUCAUGAACGGAUACGGACCGACCGAGACCUGCGUCUUCGCUGUAGUUGAUACUGCAGUGGCCACCAACCGUGAUCCAGGGCGUAUCGGUUAUGGUAUUCCUAGCACUCUUACCUGGAUUGUGGACCCCGACAACCACGAUCGACUGACUCCCCUGGGUGCGGUCGGUGAACUUGCACUCGAAGGCGCUCCUUUGGCCAGGGAGUACCUCAAAAAUCCCGAGAAAAACGCAGAAGCAUUCACCUCAAACCCUGCCUGGGUCAAGGACUUCACGCCCGCUGUGCCGGGUCCUCGCCGAAUCUACAAGACUGGUGAUCUUUGCUACUACAACCCGGAUGGCUCUAUUCAGUAUAUCAGCCGGAAAGAUCACCAGGUCAAGUUGCAUGGUCAGCGCAUGGAGCUUGGUGAGAUCGAACAUCGCCUUUCUGAGGAUCCUCGUACCCGCCACGCUGUCGUUGUUCUCCCCAAGAACGGCCCGCUUAAGCAGCGCCUGGUCACUGUCAUGUCUUUGAACAGUGUCGCUGCUGAUACCAAGCUUAUCUCCGAUAAGCCCUGCGAGCUUGUUGAUGAGGAUGAGCUUGAGCGUCAUGCUUACAACGAGCUGGUCGAAGUCCAACAUAAUCUUGAGAACCAGCUGCCCAUUUACAUGGUCCCGCAGACUUGGGCUCUCAUCAAGAAACUUCCGAUGCUGGUUUCUGGAAAGCUUGACCGGAAGAAGAUCACCGCUUGGGUUGAGGAUAUUGAUGAUGUGUCCUACGAACGCAUAAUGGCGGAUUACGAUCGCAUCAAGCGUGGCAAGACCGAAGAGAAGUCACAAGAAAAGGAAGAGAAGAAUGGAUCGCUCAACAUUGUCCGUGAAAUCUUCGCACAAGUGUUGAAUAUUUCCCUCCAGAAGGUCAAUGUGGACCGCUCUUUUGUUAGCUUGGGCGGAGACAGCAUUACUGGAAUGGCUGUGAUUUCUCGUGCUCGUAAGCAGGGACUUGUUCUGACACUACAUGACAUUUUGCAGAGCAGAUCGGUGAAAGAACUUGCUCAAACUGCCAGUUCCAAGGCGCCUGUCUCUCGGCGCGAAGAGAAGUCUGGUGAAGGCUUUGCGCUUUCACCUGUCCAGAGGCUCUACUUCCAGAGCUCAACCUCUUUCAAGGGCGACGCUCGUUUCAACCAGAGCAUCACUGUUCGCAUUGCUCGCCGCUGUGAGGGCGAGGUGCUCAGGCGCGCUCUCAAGGCUGUCAUUAGCCAGCAUGCCAUGUUCCGCGCACGCUUCAGCAAAUCUGGUGGCGGUACUUGGCAACAGAAGACUACAGCGGAGGUCGAUGAAUCCUUCCGAUUCCGUGUGCACUCUGUUCAGGAUACCCGGGCGAUGGUUCCUAAGGUUGCUGACAGUCAAAAUUGCUUGGACCCUGUCAAUGGACCUAUUCUCGCGGCCGACCUCUUUAACCUUCGCACCGGUGGUCAGGUCUUAUUCCUCGUCGCUCACCAUCUCUGCAUUGAUAUGGUAUCCUGGCGCAUCGUGCUCCAGGACCUCGAAGAGCUCGUUGUCUCUGGAUCUCUUUCACUUGAAAAGGCAUUGUCCUUCCAAAGCUGGUGCGCUAUGCAGACCGAGAGAGCCAAGACACACGAUGCGACUAUUUCUCUGCCUUUCACCCCUGAGAAGCCCAACCUGCCUUACUGGGGCAUGCACGACUUGCCCAAUGUGUAUGGAGAUAUCAAGAUGGAAUCCUUCACAUUGAGUGAGGAUACUACCCAGUUUAUCCUCGAUGGCUGCCAUAGUGUCUUCCGCACUGACACUGUUGACAUCUUGCUAUCUGCCAUCAUUCAUUCCUUCGGUCGCACUUUCACCGAUCGCAAGGUGCCGACUAUCUACAACGAAGGACAUGGCAGAGAACCCUGGGAAGCCGACAUUGAUCUUUCAAGAACAGUUGGCUGGUUUACUACCAUGGCGCCUUUGCAAGUGGACUCUGAAGCUCGCGCUCUGAACGACAUUAUCAAGCGUGUGAAGGACACCAGACGUAACAUUGCAGACAAUGGACGCCCUUACUUCGCCAAAAGCCUACUUCAGGACCAGGCGGCCGAUUUCCCUGUCCCGUUGGAAAUACUUUUCAACUACCUAGGUAAAAUGCAGCAACUUGAGCGACCCGAUUCGCUGUUCCAUCACCAUGGUAGCGUCUUUGACAGCUCGGACUUUGCUGUCGCAGGUGAUAUGGGUCCGCAAACUGCUCGUUUCGCCCUUUUCGAAGUAUCUGCCAUUGUCAUCAAAGACCGCCUCAAUGUCGCCUUCACCUACAACAGUAGAAUGCAGCAUGAGGGCUCAAUUCGCCGCUGGAUUGUUCAGUGCAAGCAGACUCUAGAGAAAGAUAUCCUCACACUGAAAACUGCUACUCCCGAGCCUACUCUCAGCGAUUACCCCCUGCUUCCAAUCAACUAUCACGGCCUCCAGAUUCUCACCACUAACACCUUCCGCAAGGCUGGCAUUCGGAACAAGGAUCAUGUGGAAGACAUCUAUCCCUGCUCUCCCAUGCAAGAGGGCCUCUUGCUCAGCCAGCUCCGCGAUCCAAAUGCCUACAUGUUCCAUACUGUGUUUGAGAUCAAGGAUGACAAAUCUGGCAAGGUCGAUGCUGAAGGAGUUGCUCGCGCCUGGCAAGCCCUCGUCGACCGUCAUCCUGUUCUGCGAACUAUUUUCAUCGAUAGCAACUACACUGGUGGAUCUUUCGAUCAACUAGUGCUGAAGGAUCUUUCCGAAAAUAUCCUUCGGGUCGAAUGUCGUGACUCACAGGUUGAGGAGAAGUUGGCUGCUAUUUCCCUCCGUGACCUGAACGCGAUGCGCCAAUCGAAGCUUUCUCACCAGGUGACUGUCUGCAAGACAACCACUGGACGUGUGAUCUUGAAGCUGGAGAUUAACCAUGCCAUUAUCGAUGGUGGUUCGGUGGAUGUACUCCUCCGCGACCUGACUCUCGCCUACGAGGGAAAGAUCGCCGAGGGUUCAGGACCUCGCUUCAGCGACUACAUCAAGUUCAUCAGAACGCAGAGACAGAGUGACGCACUCAGUCACUGGAAGCAAUACCUCGGCGGAGUUCACCCAUGUCACCUCGCUCCGACGGCAGUGUUCGAGGCCAAGAGAGAACUGAAGGGUGUCAUGAUGAACUUCCAGCGGUUCCCCGAGCUGCUCAAGUUCUGCGAGCGUAGCUCUGUGACUCUCGCCAACUUGACCCUGUCCGCCUGGGCCAUCGUCCUGCGACAGCUCACUGGGUCCGAUGACGUUUGCUUUGGAUAUCUUUCCGCCGGUCGCGAUGCCCCUGUCAAUGGCAUCGAGGGCAUGGUUGGAAUCUUUAUUAACAUGCUUUGCUGUCGGGUCCAGUUUUCCGACCAGCAGACCCUGACGGAUGUGUCCAAGAAUGUGCAAGAUGAUUAUAUUCGAUGCAUCCCCCACCAAAGCUGCUCGCUGGCGAGCAUCCAACAUGAGCUAGGUUGGCAAGGACAGUCCCUCUUCAAUACUACCUUGUCAAUCCAGAACCACUCCGUUGCGGGUGGUCCCAACGACAAGGGAUUGUCCUUCGAUCUUCAGCACGCACAUGACCCGAGCGAAUAUGCGGUUACUGUGAACGUUGAGAUUGCCCGAGGCCAGGAGGGUAUUCUUUUGAGAUACUGGAACGAUGUUGUGUCUGACGAUGAGGCACAGACUUUGGCUGACACCAUCGCCAAAGUCUUCACUGGCUUCAUUGAAUCCCCGUCUGCGAAUCUGUCGCAGUCCACAUUCGCUCCCGAGGCUGAACCUGAGUCAGUGGAUUGGGACCGCUCCCAAACAACGCUGGCUGAAAAGGCAAAGUCGACCGGAGAUGCGAUUGAUAGUGUUGCCAUGCAGAAAAUUAUUGAUGAUCGUGUUCAUGAGAUUAUUGGUCGGAUGUUGAGAGAAGGAAAACUGACGGUGCCUCCCAUUCGUACGAAUGGGUUGUCGAGCUUUGGUGGUCACACCGAUGCCAUAGCUGAAUCACCGUUUCAGUUAGGUUUGGAAGGAGAAGAUGAUACGAGUGGUUCAUCGGGGAUCUCCCGUUCCAGUGAGGAUGGGAUAUCGGCCGAGGUGGAAAGGAAAUUGUGGAAUCUUUGGAGCACAGCUCUUGGUCUCCCGCCCAACGUGGUGAGACACCAGGACAGCUUCUUCAAGUUGGGUGGUGACAGCAUCACCGCUAUGAAGAUGGUCAGUGCCGCUCGCGAAGAGGGCCUGGUUCUUACUGUUGCAGAUGUCUUCAACAAUCCUGUCUUUGAGGAUAUGCUGGCAACAGUGCAAGCGGCCAAUGUCACUCAGCAAAUGCUGAAUGUCGACCUCAAGUCUGGCGGCCACAAGGAGGUUGAUAGUGAUUUAAUCAAUAUCACACCGACCACGCUAGGCCCCAGCCCCUCUUCUGAGAGCCUUGAAGUCCUCAGGCCAUCGUGCGUCGACGAUGCCGCAGUCCAGAGCGGUAUUUGCCCUAAGAUCGGUGUCUUCAAGGGUGGCAUCGCCGAUGUUCUCCCGGUCACUGACUUCCAGGCAAUGUCUCUGACAGCAACCCUCUUCAAGUCCCGAUGGAUGCUUAACUACUUCUAUCUAGAGGGCAACGGUCCCCUGGACCUAAGACGCCUUCGCGAGAGUUGCUUGAAGGUUGUCGCUGCAUUUGAUAUUCUGCGCACAGUCUUUGUGUGCUUCCAUGACCAGUUCUUCCAGGUUGUUCUGCGCAAGAUUCGUCCCAGCAUCUUUGUUUAUGAGACCGACCGCGCUCUAGAUGAAUUCACCAUGACUCUCCAACAGAGAGAUCGUGAAUAUGGGCCACGCGAAGGCGAGCAGUACGUGCAGUUCUACGUUGUCAAAAAGAAGGGCAGUGACCAGCACCGUAUCUUGGUGCGCCUCUCUCACACUCAGUACGAUGGAGUGUGCUUGCCAAAGAUCAUGGCUGCCAUUAAGCACGGAUAUGAAGGCACCCCGCUGCCCCCGGUUACUCCUUUCGCUGGCUACUUGCGACAAUUGCCAGGAACAAUUACCCCAGACCAUUACCGACACUGGACCAAUCUCCUCAAGGGGUCUCGCAUGACCCAAGUCGUCCACAGAAAGGGGACAAGCAUGUUCCAGAACAUUGGAGCAUUCACCGAGAUUCACAGAAAGAUUGAGAUCUCUCAAACUGCCCUUGGAAAUGUCACUAUUGCAACUGUCAUGCAGGCUGCCUGGGCCCUGGCCCUUGCCAAACUUUCUGCUCAGUCCGACGUUGUCUUUGGUCUGACCAUCAGCGGUCGCAACGCCACAGUUCCCGGUAUUGAGAACACAGUUGGCCCCUGCGUCAAUGUCAUCCCGGUGCGCGUGAAGCUCAACGAGAAAUGGACCGGUGUCGAUCUUUUCCGCUACCUUCAAGACCAGCAGGUCUCCAACAUGCCUUUCGAAUCUCUAGGCUUCCGCGAGAUCAUCAAGCAAUGUACCGACUGGCCUGACUGGACUUACUUCACUACCUCGGUCUUCCACCAGAACGUCGACUACGAGGGAACAAUGGAGCUCGACAACAACAAGUACCGUAUGGGUGGUGUCGGCGUCAAUGACAACCUAGCCGAUCUAACCAUGGUAUCUCGCCCCUCCGGUGAACGUGGCCUCGAUGUCACACUCGGCUACUCCGAAAAGGGACCUGUGAUGCCAUUCUUCGCAACCAAGGUUCUCGACAUGGCCUGUGAGAUUGCUCAAUCCCUCGUCGCAAACCCAACCGCCUCUCUACCCUCGGCAAGCAUGCUGCGCUCUCUACCACCCCAGACAAUCGAAGACCUUCCCCGACCAACAGACGAGCACUUCCUCAGCGCACACCUCAAGUCGCGCUCCAUCGCAGAACUGCUCGUCCAUUCGGACAUCCUGUCUCGCUCAUGGCACCAGGUCCUUCCCAGUCGCACUACCACAGCCCGCGUCGACCCAGAAGCUGACAAGGCAACCCACGAAUCCGCGUUCCAGUUAGACUCGUCCUUCUUUGAUCUCGGCGGUGACGUCUUCAACCUAGCCCAGCUUACCUGGCUCCUUGAGCAGGAGGGUCUCAAGGUUCGCCUCGAGGAUCUUAUCGAACAUCCCUCUUUCCUGGGCCAAAUGGCUGUGCUGGCUUUGCACAAUGCCAAGCACCAGGAUGAUAUCCCAACAGAGCUUCUUGCUACCGGUGCUGCGUUGCCUGAUCCUGUCUCUCGUGUCGAAAAGAAGAAGACGUGGGCGAAGGCUAUGACCAUUGCGCGAAGGCUGACUAGACGAAACAGUGUGAUUUCCAGUCGAGCUUGA